UUGGAGACUCUCUCUCUCUGUCUCUGUGUCUGAGUCCAUUUCAGCGUUUCUCUUUCUAACACUCUGUCCAUCCAAUCCAGGCAACAACCCCUCCCUAUAUAAUUGUAGCAAAGCAUUAAAAAGGGUAGCACAUCAACUUGUAUUUUUUAACAUCUUUCCUUUCGUAAAGAAACCAAGACCCACUCUUCUCUUCUCUUCUCUUCAUUACCCCAUUCCCCCCUCCCCUCCCAUUCAAUUCGGACUCUCAUACCCACCAUUCUCUCUCUAAAUCUCUCGGCUCACACAGACUUCCCCGACAUUCAGGAAUUCAGAUCUCAUAAACCAAUCAAAAUUGCAUUUGAAGUCACAUGGGGAUUUCUUUCUCGUGCCCAUUUGCCGCGUUCAAUGAUUUAGAGAAUGCCUUUGAAUCUGUUAUUGUAAAAUCAUUUAAUUUUGGGGAAGAUGAAGCAAAAACUCCAGUGCAACCAAAAGGUUCUGGGAUGAUGAUAGAAGGAUGUGUGACCUGGAAAGCAACAGAAACUGAAACUGAAACAAUGGUCUCCGUUGAAGCGCCUUCAUCUAAAGGAGAGGAUAUAUUUACUACAUCCAGUGGUGUUGAGUGCAAAGAGAAGGAUUAUCAAUCCCCAAGAUCAGAUAGCAUGACAGAGAAAAUCACACAUUUGCCUAUUUUGGAUGAAAGCAAUCCAAAACAUGAAGCCGCUGUAAAGUUGCAGAAAGUCUACAAAAGCUUUCGAACAAGAAGAAAGCUAGCAGAUUGUGCAGUUCUCAUUGAGCAGAGCUGGUGGAAGCUGUUAGAUUUUGCAGAACUGAAGCGAAGUUCCAUAUCGUUCUUUGACAUGGAGAAACAUGAGACUGCUGUUUCUCGUUGGUCAAGAGCAAGAACCAGAGCUGCCAAGGUUGGAAAAGGUUUAUCAAAGAAUGGUAAAGCACAAAAACUUGCUUUGCAACAUUGGCUUGAGGCAAUUGAUCCACGACAUCGUUAUGGACACAAUCUUCAAUUCUACUACCUUAAAUGGCUUCACUGUCAAAGCAAAGAACCCUUCUUCUACUGGCUGGACAUUGGAGAAGGCAAGGAAGUUAAUCUUGUUGACAAAUGUCCUCGAUCAAAACUUCAGCAGCAAUGCAUCAAGUAUCUUGGUCCGAUGGAAAGGAAGGCUUACGAAGUGAUAGUGGAGGAUGGAAAGCUCGUGUACAAGCAUUCGGGUGAGCACCUUGACAGCACUGGAGAACCAAAGGGUGCGAAGUGGAUAUUUGUCCUAAGCACAUCUAUGACUCUAUAUGUUGGGCAGAAGAAGAAAGGCACAUUUCAGCAUUCCAGCUUCUUAGCUGGUGGAGCCACAUCUGCCGCUGGUAGAAUAGUUGUUGAAAAAGGCAUCCUAAAGGCAGUGUCGCCUCACAGCGGCCAUUAUCAGCCAACGCCAGAAAACUUUCAGGACUUCAUCUCAUUCCUCAAGGGGAACAAUGUGGAUCUCACUGAUGUUAAGAUGGACCCAGUGGAGGAAGAAGGAUCCUUAAGCAAACAGAGCAGUCUUUUCAUGAGAAGUAUCUCAUCUGAAGAAGACCUAAAUGAAAAGGACGGUGUGGAGACAAAACAGAUGGAUGUGGAGGACAAGACUUCCUCAGAGAAAGCCAAUUCCACAGAGGACCAUGAGGAUGCUGUUGCAGCUCCAUCGGAACCAAGGACAUCGGGGGCCAGUCUUCGCACACAAUUGACUAAUCUUUCAAUACCAGAUAGGGAUGAUUUGUUUGAGAUGUUAAAGUUUGAGAAUCAAGCCGUUGAAUUGAGUACCAAUACAUUUGAUGGAUAUGAAACAGAGGAAGAACAAGAUCAGAUGAGUCCUGAGCAACACUUGUUUGAUGAAGACCAAGAAGAUGAAGAAGAGACUGUCAUUCCUCAAGAAUCCAUUCUGAAAAGGAUUAAUUCGCAUAAAGGAAUGAAUUCAUAUCAAUUGGGGAAGCAGCUGUCUUGCAAAUGGACUACGGGAGCCGGGCCUCGUAUUGGGUGUGUGAGGGAUUAUCCUUCCAAACUCCAAUUCCAUGCUUUGGAGCAAGUGAAUUUGUCUCCAAGAAGUGCUGCUGCUGCUGCUGCCCAUUUCAGAUCAAACUCCACUCGACUCGAGUCUAUUCCCAAAACUUUUAGUGGAGAGAUCCACAUUAAAAUGUCUAGUUUCAGUGGAGAAUUGACUCGAAUUAGGCAUUAUACACCACAAUCCUCUCCAUUAUGUAAAGGAACCUCAGGAACCAUAGCCGCCAAACAGUCAUGAUACAUACAUCCGAUAGGGUUUAUUCUUUAAUUAGUUUAUUCUUUUUUUGUGAAUAGAAAAGAUGACAUAGGAAUUCUUUGACAUUCUUUUCUGUUUGUCAUGUACAAAUUUUUUGUUUGCUCAUCUUGUACAAAUCCAAGAUGAGAAUUGUACAAUUUUUGCAGAUUUCAGUACCAUCCCCCUAUAAUUAAAAAGAAAGAAUUUUUGUUUUC